AUGAACGACCACGACCAGGACUACGACCUCCCUUCCCCUCGUACCAACCUCUUUGGCGCGCACAGGGCAUCCACAAAUCCCCGGCUCCACGCUUUGGCCAAGCCGUACUCCCGCCCCGCUUCUUUCCACGAUGCCCUCACGGUGGCCGGUCCCUCCUCCCAUGGCCAAAACGGCAACACCUCUCCCAACAAAUCACCUACCAAGCAGCUCCCAUCAAUCCGACCGUCGAUACCCAAGUCCUACUCCUCAUCCAAUCUCGGCAUGACUCGCUCGGGGUCGGAGCCGAGCUUGCUCUCUGGCCUGAAGAGCAUGCUGUCCCGCCCCCUCGCGUGGCUGGCCAGUCCAUCGCGGAAUCAGCAGGCGCAGCAGGACAGAUCACAAGGGAAGAAGCGGGACAGUGGUUGGGAUGAGGAGGAGCCAGGAACUCCCACGGAGGAUGACCGGGACAUGAAGAGGUUGCGGAGGAGAUCGCCAUCGCCUACGAUGGGCGAGUACGCUCCAAAGCCGCUCCAGGUCACGGGACGGGCGGUGACCGGGUUCAUGCUCCCACCACUACCUCCCGACGUCUCGCUCAGGCCCAAAAGCAAGCAAGGCUCGGGCUCCGCUAUUCCCCCCAACUUUUCCAGACCCCUCAAAUCCUCUCAGUCCAUGCCGUAUCUCGACCCUCCUACCAGCUUGCUCUCGCCUGCGAAGAAGCGCUCAGCUUUGACUCGAUCGAGACGGGUGGACAUGACGGGUACGGCAGACGAAGAAAUGCUGCAGGAGGGGGAGAAGAAGGAGCAGUGGAGCCCAUGGAAGGAGAGCCAUUCAGGGCGGACGAGGGCGUCGUUGACUCCGGCGAGGUAUACACCUGCGAGGAAUGGCGAGAGCACAGAUUUUGGCCUGCAAUCUGGAUCCCCCUUCCGAGCACCACCAUCGCCUUUGGCUCCAAGGCAGACCUCUGGCAUGUCGCGUUCCGCCACUACCUCGCGUCUUCGCCGAGAGUCGACAGCCGGCAGUGACGUCAAUAUGGACCGGGAAUCGCGUGGAGGAAGCAGGGCGAUGAUCAUGAACGGGGAGGAGGAUGACCGAAUGAAUGCCAGUGGAAGUAAGCGGGAGAGCAGCGUUUUGGAUUGGUAUAUGAAGGACCGAUGGCAGGGUGGUGGAUCGCCUUCCGCUCGUGCUGCUUCAAGUCGACUCGGAUCGGUCGGUCCGGCCGGAUCCUCAAGUGGGAUGCCGCCAAUCCGGAAAGGCCAAUUCGUGUGGGACUCGGAGAAGGGAUUCGUUCGCGAGAACGAGCUUAAAGCCGAAACGCCUCAAAAUGUACACCAGAACGACGCCGAGCGGAUCCUCUUCGCCCUCGAGUCCAUGCGGAAAACACCACUAGCCGAAGCUCGAACAUCUACCUCGUCCUUUUCGUCAAUGCCGCCAGAUCUCGUCGGCUCAUCCUCCCGCUCCAUCCGGAAAGCGAUUAGCGUACCGCUUGCGACUUCCCAGGCGGGUGAUAGUGCUCGCUCGAAGCGGGAGAAGGAGAGAUUAGGGGAGGAUUACAACGUGAUGAUCAGUCCGUAUGGACGGCGGAAGGCUGUUGAGAGGGACCAGAGGGAGCAGCGGGCAGAGCGCUCUCGGAGUGGGAUGGACGAGGAAUAUCGUCCUAGCCAUAGCCCAAGUCGCUCUGUGGGGUCGCGCAGCGAAGCCUCUUCUAGGGGAACCUCGGACAUGCGAUCUGAACGGAGCGAGGCGAGCGUCACACCUUCGCCAGCACAGACUCCACGUCGAUCCGCUCGGAAUAAGCGGAAAGACGAUGCUGCCGAGGAACCGACUCCCAAGCCUCAAAAAGGGCGGAGCAAGAAAGCUGCCCCGGAACCUUCAGGCGAGACGCCGAGGAGACGGACCACACGUCGCGGGACGGCUGAGAAAGGGACCUCGCCUCCACCUCAGCCUGCCAACGAGCCAGCGCCACCCGUACCAACCAUCAUGGAGACGGCUCCUUCGCCCAAACAGUCUACCUCGUCUUCGACAUACCAAGUCCGAGAAGACUCAGGACCACGGGAAAAGUCGAGCUUGCGCGCCAAGUCGGACAUCACCAAGCGGAAGCACGAGUCUGCGGCCAAUUCGCGGGCGGUCAGUCCAAAUGGCGGACGUUAUUCGGCGAGGGAGGAGGACCUUCCACCUAUGGAGGAGCUGGAGACAAGCAAGAUUCAGCUCCCCAGCUUCUCGGGAAUCAGCUUUGCUGGUCUUACGCCCAAUCCUGCUCCUGCGGCGUCGACUUCUGCUGCUCCUGCGCAGUCGUCAAGCUCUGGUGCGCAGCCCGCUGCGUCCAGCCUGACGGUCCCAUCCGGGCGACCCGGCCCGCUUUCUCGGUUCAACUCGAGCCGGCCGAGAGCCUCAUCCCCACUUGCGGGCGGCUCGAUCGUGGCGGAACCGGAAUCACCACCCGAGACAGGCGCUCCUGCUCCUCCUGUCGCGAAGCCAGACGCAUCUGGAUUCUUUGCCCUCGGCUCUUCGUCCUCCACACCCACCAACCCUCCUCCACUUUUCACCAAUAUUGCCAACGACAUGCGCACAGAUGCCGCAAAGAAGACUGGGUCGCUCGGUAUCGGCAAGCCGUCCGCGCCUCCUGCGGCAAACGGCGUACCCAACUUCUUUGGCAAAGCUGCUCCACCUGCCGCGGCACCACCACCCGCGCCUGCGUCUACUCCCUUCAGCUUCGGCCUGCCCAAAGCAGAUGACGCAGCCAAGCCUGCAGCGCCGGCAUUCGGCUUCGCAAAGCCCGCUGAGAGCGGAGCUGGCAUAGGAGCAAGUGUGUUUGGUGGCACUCCUGUGGUGAUUCCCGCAGCCAAGAAAUCGGUCACAGAAGUACCGCCUAUCUUGAAUGGCACCGGAUCGUUCUUUGGUGAACCAGCCAAGAAGCCGGCCGCGGAAGCAGUAGCGCCAAAGGCGCCGGACUUCUCGUUCGCGACCAAAUCUGCUGAGCCGGCCAAGUCGACAUUCAACUUCACGCCCGCUGCCACGCCUGCUCUCGACACCGCUGGCGCUAGCAAGUCGCCCUUUACCUUCGGCCAGCCCGCAGCUGCGGACAAGCCAGCGGCUGCUCCCGCGCCAACGAGCUCGUUCAACUUCAACACUGUCCCUGCCGCGACGCCUUCGCUCAACUCUGGGUCAGGCGGAUUCAGCUUUGGUCAGCCCGCUGCCAAGGCGGCCGAACCUGCUGCAAAGCCUGCUGCUGGCAUGUUUGGCGGUCAACCCCCAGCCGCAGACGCAAGCAAGUCGCCCCCUCCCCCCUCUUCGGCAAACCCAUUUGGUGGCUUCUUCGGAAAGCCCGCCGAGCCCGCUUCUUCCGCGCCAGCGACCCCUGCAGCGGCCCCUGCGGCGAAUCCGUUCGCUUUCGGUGCUCCACAGCCCUCGACGAGCUUUGCAUUCGGAUCGGAUGCAAGCAAGCCAAGUGGCGCUCCAGCCGGUAAUGGCUUCGGGUCAGCCCCGCCGUCACCCGCCGCCCAGCCUGCGUUCACGUUCGGGUCGUCCACACCCACCGCUGCCCCAGCCGCAGCUGCACCGGCUCCCGCUUCGCCAUUCAACUUUGGGGCUCCAGCUGCUGCACCUGCCAACGGAUUUGGCGCCGCUGCUCCCGCUACCGCCCCCGCUUCUACUGGAUUCGGUGGCGGCUUCGGCAGCGGCUUCGGUAGCGGAUCCAACGCAGCACCUGCCCGAUCCGCCCAGGCGCCAGCAUCCACUGGGUUCGGGUUCGGAUCAAGCACACCAACCCAGUCCGGCUUCGGUAGCGGCUUUGGCACGCCCGCAGCCGCUCCCCCUACUACCCCUGGCGGAUCCAGCAGCUUCGGUACCGGCUUCGGGUUCAAUCAGCCAUCGACUACUCCCGCCGGCACUCCGUCCACCUUCAACUUUAGCGCCAAUACCUCCACUCCAGCUACACCAGCCACUGCCCCCGCUGGCUCCAGCUUUUCUUUUGGCUCUGCGGCCGCCCCAUCUCCUGCACAGCCUUUCCAGUCCAACGGAACUCCAGGCGGAGCUCAGACAGCACCCAACACACCCGGCGGAGCACCAGCAGGAGGCUUCGGGUUCGGCGCGGGCGCGCCAGCCAACGGUGUACCGCGCUUCGGGAGCCCGCAGCCUGGGGCGCCGGCAGAUGGGGGAUUCAGCUUGGGAAUGGCGGGAGAUGCGAACGCGCCUGGAAGUCCGGGACGGAGGCAGAUCAAGCCAUUGCGGAGGAAGAAGUAG